UGAUCUUAUUUAUCCUUUUUCAGGACACUGCCAAUGCGGUUCAGCUGGGCUACCACAUGGAAAAGCUGAUAUUUGACCUGGCAGACACGCACUUCUUCUUCAAUGAUCUAGAGGAGUGCGACCAAGUUCACAUCGACGACGUGUCUUCGGACGACAACGGCCAAGAUCUCAGCAACUACAACUUCGCAACGGACGGGUUCAGCGCUGCCAACAGCAACGCUUCGCUGUGCCUGGGCACGGGUGUGCGAGGAGGCGUUGACUGGAUGAGGAAGCUUGCAUUUAGGUACCGCAAGAUCAAGGAACUGUUUAACAGCUGCAGGAACAAUGCUGGAAGUCUCCUGGAUCCCGAGAAUAGAGAAAAGUGGCACAGAGUUCGCCAAGAAAUCGAGACCCUGACAGACCAGUGGCUGACAGAGUCCAUGAAAUGCCUGCAGCUCAUAGCCUCCAGGCCCAACUGCGUGAACGUGCUGGUGACCACAACGCAGCUGGUCCCCGCCCUGGCCAAGGUCCUCCUCUACGGCCUCGGCUCCGUCUUCCCAAUCGAAAAUAUCUACUCGGCAACUAAAGUCGGUAAAGAGAGCUGUUUCGAGCGCAUCGCCUCGAGGUUCGGUCGGAAGCCAGUGUACGUGGUCGUUGGCGACGGGCGCGACGAAGAGACAGCGGCUAAGCAGCUUGACUUCCCCUUCUGGAGGAUCCAGACUCACCAUGAUUUCGUGAAUCUGUACAAGGCACUGAGCGUGUGUGGCCUCUGAGCACCGCUUGGCUUGCCGCUUUGAAUAAGCGUAUCUUCCCCUACCUUCUGCCCAGAGUUAACAGCAGUGUUAGUAAUAUUUAAAGUGUACAUUGCUUCUGCUAAUCUAUGUAAGUGUAGACUUUUUAAACCUUUCCCUCAUAGCUCAGAGUUAGUUUGUAGUAAUGUCAUUCACUCGUGCGAGAGUAUGAAGCAUUCUGCUCAUUCCAUGUCUUUUCUCUGCACUAUCCACUUGUCUGUUUGACAGCGGAAAUAGCCGUGCACUUUCCCCAUUUAGAUCCUUUAAGCUUUUAUCUCCUGUGAGAUUUAAUUUUCGCUAUUAGUCUGAAAAAGAAAAUGUUCAACAAGAAAACAACAGAUGACAUCAGCGGGUAAAAGUGAAGCCUGCCAUUAAAAUUUCGGCUAAUACACAUUGUUGAUUAGAUGGAACAGACUACCAAAAAGUGAAAUCUCUUUGUGAACUUCAUAGGAAGUGUCAUUUAAAUGACUUUGUUUAUUUUGUUUAAAGACUGAUUUAUGAUUAUUGACAUGGAAAGUAUGGACGAAACUCCCUGUCAAGACCCAACUGCGAAGACUGAUUUGCUUUCUUUUCUUGAGCUGGCUCAGCACCAGAGCAAAGUGAGUCAACAGUGAUUUGUAUGAACCUCCCAGUUUUCUUUUUAAGAUAUUGUGAUAAUGCAGUUAAUUUUUUAUACAUGCUUCUACACAAAAGGAUUGCAGUAGCUGACGGAUAUUAGAUUUCCUGGCCUUUUCCCUUGUCAUUGAGGUGAGACUUGAUUACGGCCGUGUUCAGCCGGUCAGAGUGAAGGACUGCGGUGAUGCUGUACUUUAAAGAAAAUUAUUGUGAGUAAAGUAUUAUACUGAUGCAGUGAUAUGGUUAGCAUCAGUGUUGGUGUACAUUUGGCUAUAUCCUCAAUCCCAUUUUGUUUAUUAUAUUUAUUACUCUCUCACCCUUCAAACUGGGAACAUGAUAAAGCUAUCCAAAUAUCUUGCAUGUAGAUUGAUAUAUAUGUAGGAUAUCAGUUAUUGUUAAGUAUAACUUCGUAACUGAAAUAUAGCACCUCAGCAAUAAGCUGCUUAUUCUUUAAUUGUUAGGAAGUGAAACCUUUUUAUCUCACUAGAUUUAAUUGGUACGACAGUGCUGCCUCCCGAAGUAGUCCAAUAUGUUCGAGAAAUGAAAUUUUUAUCAGGGGACAUCCUUAUCUGCCUCUUGAUUAACAGAGCGCAUUUACAGUGAUACUUCUGUUUAGGGCAAAUGCUGGGAACUGUUCACACAAGACUAUUCCAGUCACGUUGUCCCAGUCGACUCUGUUUAGCAUUAUUUUACAUUUUCUACAGAUUUUUAUUCUUGUUCUCAUUUCUCUUUCAUACUCUUCUUUUAAGCAAAUCAAAUAGCAUUCUGUUUGUCAUAAUUAUAAUGUCUUUCAUAUGUAUUUCCAAACCUUUUGUUAUAAUGCCUGUAGGUAGUCCUGACUGCAAAAGCAGUUGAAAGUAUCUGGGAUAGAUCUUCGGAUGCAGGGUUGCAUCUAUGUCCUUCGUCACAAUGAAAUUAAUGGGGAUUGUCGUUAUCAUUAUUAUUUCUUUGAAAAAAGUUGUCAGUGAGCUAUUGGUAGGCAUAAAAUGGGUGAGGUAAAACACCUGGACUUAUAUUUAUUUUCAUAUACAGGUGUUUUACAGCAAGAUGUUUUAUGGACUUUAAAUUUGCUCCAUGUGUUCUCAUUUGGGAGUAUUGUCUACUCUUAAAAUUCAACAUCCCAGAUCAUGUCUCAUUUUUGUGUACCAGUAGAUGAUGAUGGUUUCAAGAAAAUGUUCCGAAAUGGUAAUUUUCACAGGUGAGGAUGAUCAAAAUGUACUGUUUGAUGUUAACCAAUAUUUAAUUGAGUGAGCUUGUGGUUUUAUCACCCCGUCAAUGGGACUGACUGUUAUGAAGCUGAAUACCAGUGUAAAAUAGUUCCCAUCUUGCAAAUAGGAUUCUGAUGUGAUAUAGUUUCCAGCCAUGAUCUACUACUGAUGCACAAGCUUCUAAAAACAAAUGCCUGCAGUGGGAAUGAACACGUAUGUGAUGCAGUAAUUAUGAAUCAAUAAUCCUCUGAUUGAGCUUCUUGGUGAAGUGAAAAAUUCCAUAAUUACUGAACUGUUUUUGUAAAUGUAAUUUCAGUAUCCAUUCUCUUUUAUUUUUAAAGUAGGUAGUAGGUAGACUGCCUGUGUGAAAAUGGUCAACGUCACAAAAUUUAAACUUGCACUUUUGGACACAAAUGUGAAGUCAAUGCACAACCUAAAAGUACGAAACUUUUGUUUAACUGUAAAAAAUGCAGGCAAUAUCUCCUGUUAAUCUGACUAUAUCUGGACUUCCUUCAGUAUUUGUAAUUCUUAUUAAUGUAUGGUUACAAAUAUGUGAGUAAUAAAUUACUAUACUUUUA